AGGGGCUCCUGCUCUGUGAUGGAUGGCUGCUCAAGGUCAUGGCUUCACAAUACACCAAUGUUUCUGUAAGAAAGGUAAUCUGCUCACAAAAAGCUGCCUAAUUUUCAGGGGAAGUAAGAAAGCGAGCAGUUCAAAAGACAGGGACACACCAAAAAAAAGUGCUAUUAGGUAUUUUUAUUAUAAGUCAAUCACAUAAAUCAUGCAGACUUGUCAGUCCUGCUGAUCUUCAUCAGCUGAUCUAAAUAAGAAGGUUUUGUUCUAUGUUUUAUUUUCAAAACUCAUAAUUUUUAUAAAAUAAAAUAUGAUUCUACAUAUCUUAAAGACUACUUACAGAUGUAGCGAACUUUUGAACUCUUUAAAAUUUGUUAUUUCAUCUUUAUUCUAACUGGCUUAAAUGGCUAAAAAGAAAGGCACUUAUUCUGCUGAAAUCCCCCUCGAAGUUGACGUCGGGCCGCCCUCGCACACUAAUAAAACGUCACUCAACAAACUUAAUUUCCGAAACAGGCGCGCAGUUUUACUGCCAUCAUCCGCGCAAUAUGCACACACGCGCGGGGGUAGCAGGUGAAGCAGCAGCUAAUGCCAUGCAAUAACUGUACUUAAGGACGAUAUUAACUGCAUGAGAAGAAAACCUGCUUUGGAAAACAUAGUUUAAUUACUCCUGCUCAGGUUUUCCGCGUAAUUUUUUUUUUUUUGCACAAAAGGACAUUCCUCCUUUUCUAGUAUCGCCUGCGUCGUAUAUUACAUGAAGUAUAUCUGGUAAUGAACCGCAUCUAAUCCGGUUUCAAAGCAGCUUUUUAAAGAAUGUCCACUCCGAUCGAAGCUGACAUAUGGCACACCGGUCGGUCUUCAACUGCCGCAGGACAUGCGGAGACGCAUAUGGAGUUAGAAAUGUCCGAGACUGCGUCAGCUUCGGCAAAGCAGCCCGACGCUUCAGAGGCAGCCGCGGAUGAAAGGAAGAGCGAAUGGCCGAGCGCAGGAGGGACCGCGGCCAACAGCGGCAGCCGCUGGGAGGAGAUCGCCCUGGACGCCUCCGUUAGCGAGCCGAUGUCCCGCAUGCCGGGCGUGCGCUUCCACCCUCGCAUGUCAGUGUAUAGCACCACCCGCCCCUUAUUAACCCGCGGCCACAUCCAAGGACGAGUCUACAACUUUCUGGAAAGACCAAGCGGCUGGAGAUGCUUCGUCUAUCACUUCACCGUGUUUCUCAUCGUCCUUGCCUGUCUGAUCUUCAGUGUUAUGUCAACAAUUGAUCAGUAUCAGCCCCUGGCCCACAGCGUCCUCUUCUGGGUGGAAAUUGUGUUGGUGGUCUUCUUUGGGGUGGAGUACGUGGUGCGACUCUGGUCAGCUGGCUGCCGCAGCAAGUAUGUGGGCUUCUGGGGACGGCUGCGUUUCGCCAGGAAGCUCAUCUCCAUCAUCGACCUGAUUGUGGUGGUGGCUUCUGUCAUAGUUCUAACAGUGGGAUCCAAAGGCCAGGUCUUUGCCACCUCAGCAGUGAGGGGGGUCCGCUUCUUGCAGAUUCUGCGGAUGCUGCACGUGGACCGACAAGGUGGCACCUGGCGCCUGCUGGGGUCUGUGGUCUUCAUCCAUCGGCAGGAGCUCAUCACUACUCUAUACAUUGGCUUUCUGAGCCUCAUCUUCUGCUCAUACUUUGUGUAUCUGGCUGAGAAGAAUUCCGUCGACGGAAGUGGGAGAACCGAGUUUGGCAACUAUGCCGAUGCCCUGUGGUGGGGUGUGGUUACCGUGACCACCAUCGGCUACGGGGACAAGGUGCCACAGACGUGGGUCGGCAAAACGAUAGCAUCGUGUUUCUCAGUGUUCGCCAUCUCCUUCUUCGCUUUGCCAGCAGGAAUCCUUGGCUCAGGAUUUGCUCUGAAGGUCCAGCAAAAGCAGAGGCAGAAGCAUUUCAACCGUCAGAUUCCUGCAGCAGCUUGUCUCAUACAGACCUCCUGGAGGUGUUUCGCUGUGGAGAGCCCAGACUCUGCGACCUUCAAGACCUUUGUGAAAAGACGGAGGCCAGACCUCAGCUCCUCUACAUUCACCUCAAAGGCCAAGAAGACGGUGAGGAUGAGGAGGAAACUGAAGAGUGAGAAGGAGUAUGGGCCCGACUCCCCUGCUGUACAGAGAAUCGCCUACGACUCCGUGUUUGAUGAUGCGGGAUCAGAUGCCUAUAGCACUAUCUCAGGUCAGCAGCAGACAUGGACGUCAGUCACCUCCUACCAGUUUUGCUCCCCAACAUCAAGUUCCCCAAGAUUCUCGGAGGUGCGGUCCCCACUGCCGCUCCGCUACAACAUUUCCUUUGGGGAUGAUUUGGACCUAGAGGCAGAGAGAGACUGCAUACUCGCUCCGGUCAGCCACGUAUCCCAGAUGCAGGAGUCACACAGAGUGGCGAUUCGCGUGGUCCAGCGGAUGCGGUACUUCGUGGCCAAGAAGAAGUUUCAGCAAGCACGAAAGCCGUACGACGUGCGGGAUGUGAUCGAGCAGUACUCACAGGGACACCUCAACCUCAUGCUGCGGAUUAAGGAGCUACAGAGGAGGCUGGACCAGUCCCUCGGGAAGCUGCCGCUGUUCCAGACCAGCUCAGAGCGCAGCAAGGACAAAGGGGCCAAUACCAUUGGCUCUAGGCUGGCACGGAUGGAAGACAAGAUCACACACAUGGAGAAAAGCCUGGGCUACGUCACUCAGGCCCUGCAGCGACUGCUAGGGGCAUCGGCGACAGCUGCGGGACCAACGGCGGCCGGCGCUGAGCGGGUGGGCGGGGCCUUCCACGCGGCCGACAUCGUCUCUACCGACAGCGUCCUGCCAACCUACGAGCAGCGCUCUACCCUGAGGACCGACGCCUCCAGAGAUGAGAGUUCCUGAGGUGGUUCCUGUGUCACUGCAUCACUGGAACCCUAUACUGCAUACAGCAGGUAGUGCAACCCUCACCCCUCCCCCCACCCCCUACAUGGAAACACAAUGAACCAUGCGUACGGUUAGCUUGGUUAUCAUUCGUUCGGCUGUACAGUCAUCAAUCAACAUGACAGUGUCCAAUAGGGGUACUGUACGUGAACUACUGAGGUAUUUAUGCACAUGGAUGGAUUAUAAUGUAAAUGUGCUGUAUGGCUGAAUGGAGAAUAAUGCAGUCAUUUUGUAUAUU